UAAAUUUGUUUUUGAAACAAUUGGUAAAUUUGUAUCCACCGCACACAUGUUUUACCCAAAAACGCCCUUUUUGGGGAAUCCCCUUUUGGAGGCCGAGAUCCUGAAAGUAAAUUCGGCUGCACUUGCUCCACUGCUGGAAUGGUUGUGCAGGACGCCCAAAGUCACCACGUAUCGGGUAAACACCCUUCGAGUUUCCGUCGAUGCCUUUAGGAAAAAGGUGGAGGAGAAACUCGUGGUUCGCUACGGUCCGGAAUCUCCAAGGGUCUAUGGCCUGCCGAACCUACCCGAGGUGUUGUGCAUCGAUCCUCUGGCCGAACGGUUGAUACAGACCUCCCCCGAUUCAAGGCUGAAGGAGGUAAUAGUGGACACGAGUUGCGGAGCUGCGUUGCUUCGUGGUGCUCACAUAUAUGCUCCGGGGGUCCUCUCCAUGGAGUCCAACGCUCAGCUGGAGGAACUUGUCAGUGUCUACGCAGAUCUGACUGGAAAAUGCAAACGAGGGUCGAUCACCCGCUACGACAGUUCUGUGAAGAUUUUCCUGGGCACGGGCAAGGUCCUGAUGCAGCGCUAUCAGCUUUUCAACAACUCCGACCAACCAGCCAAUGGAAUCGCCGUGGAAAUGCAGUCCAACGUCAGCGGAGUGCCCUCGUUGGGCGAUUUGAGUAACGAAGACGCACUGCUGCAGAAUCUUCCCUCCAUUGUGUGCGUGCGCGUCCUGGAUCCGCAGCCCGGCGAACGCAUCCUAGACAUGUGUGCUGCCCCUGGCAACAAAACGAGCCACAUAGCCGACCUAUUGGGUGACCAGGGAUCCGUGGUGGCCCUGGACAACUCCGCAAGUCGCGUACGCAGCAUGCUGCCGAAAUCUGUUUACAACAGCAUUACGGCCCACGUGUUUGACUCCACCAAGACAGUGGCACCUGACCCUGCCCCCAGUGGAGAGGUCACUGGGCCUCCGUUCCCCUGCGGCAGCUUCGACCGCAUCUUGUUGGACGCCCCAUGCAGUGGCCUAGGCAACCGGCCCCAGCUCUCCUGCAACAUCAAGAAGCCGAAGGUCCUGCAGUCGUAUCCCAAUAUCCAGCGCAAGCUUUUCGGACAGGCAGUGCAACUCCUGCGUCCUGGCGGCACCCUCGUAUAUAGCACAUGUACCGUCACCGAGGAGGAAUGCGAGGGCCUGGUAUCCUGGGCGCUCCGGAAGUUUCCCGAGGUGCGCCUGGUAGAUGCUACACCUCGAUGGGGCGGUCCAGUUCCGCUUCCGGAUUUGGAUGCAACCAAAUCGAGUCUGCUGCAACGAUUUGGACCCAGUGAGGAAAGUAUAGACACGGUGGGCUUCUUUAUAGCCAAGUUUCAGAAAGAGAGCUAAAUAAAUUAAACUACUGAAA